UCGAAUAAGAACGUCAGGUGGUGUGCCGGGCCACACGAAACCACGAAUAACAUAUCAUAAAUCCGGUGAUAGUAACAUAAAUAUCGGUUAUGUUAAACUUGCUUGUAGUGCCUAACAGAUCUAUUUAUUUUGUGGUCCGUUCCUACGAAGGGAAUCGAUUUUGGACCCAGGAAGAUGAUUGAAGACGCGAAGCUCCGAUAAGAAGAUGAGUAGCCAAGACGAGACUGCUAGCCUGCUGGUAGCGCAACCAUCACUGACUAGCACUUCUUCUCCAGCAAACUGUUCCAAGCCGGUGCUGAUGCGCCAAGAAUGCACGACAUUCUUGGUGUCAUCGCACCAUCCUCAGCUUUCGGUGUUUUCUGACAGCGAGGAAGAUGGUUCCCUUUGUUUGGAGGAGAACAGUACUAGGUCAGUGCCGGAUAUUGAACUUCACUGCAGGCUCGACGUGAAAGGAUGCAAGCAGAAUUUGUCGUCAAACAUCCCGACGAGAAACAGGAGUUCAUCUAAUGCAUUUCAGCUUGCUCCCUACACGUCAUCACCGCGGGGCAUAUUGGAACGACGAACGUCUCAGACACCGGCGUCGACCUUGAAAAUCGUGCGCUCGGUGUCGAGAGAGAGCGUACGAUCCAUUCACCAUUGUACUUGUCCGUGCCUCAACGCGCCGGUAUCAUGCAGUUCAUGUCCAGUAGCACCACCAUCAGUUGUGACGACUCUGCCCGGCUCGAGGAUAAUUCGUCAAAGUUCGCAACCUGAAGCCUCAGCACCGUGUUGUGGCUCCAGUUGUGUGCAUGGUACCGCCCCCUCCACGUCCCUCAGGCAGCUGCGGGACCAUGGUGAAGGCGGCAUCGCGGGAAUUGCGGCGGACUCGCUCCGGAUCAACGGCGCGAUGCGGAAUUUCCGCCAGGGUUCAGGGAUGCUGUCGUCCUCUCAGACCAUGGCGCAAGCGCGCCGAACACGACUCAAGCGCGCUCUUACAGAAGUAACCAGCGAUACUGUGUCCUAUGUGAAAACGCUGCGAAAACCUGUGUCGACGCUUUCCAUCCCUGGGGCGGUGAAAAACUCGAGUAGAGACUCGGCUGGAGGGAGGAUGCAGCAGGAGGAGUCUGGUGUUGCUCUUGUGGGUCAUGUGGACUACCCGAGGUUUAUGGAGGAGAGGACUAUAGGGAGUGGAGUGUACAAAGGGCCUUCGUCCGGUAGCCUCAAGCACAAACCUAACGUAGGCUACCGGUUAGGGAGACGUAAAGCGCUUUUUGAAAAAAGAAAACGGAUUAGUGAUUAUGCUUUAGUUAUGGGGAUGUUUGGAAUUAUUGUUAUGGUUAUAGAAAAUGAACUCUCAAGUGCUGGCGUUUAUCAGAAAGACGAUUUUUACUCAAUUGCGCUCAAAACUCUGAUAUCUGUUUCGACUGUGAUUCUUUUAGGCCUCAUCGUGGCCUACCAUGCUUUAGAAGUGCAGCUUUUCAUGAUAGACAACUGCGCGGACGAUUGGCGUAUCGCGAUGACUUGGCAGAGGAUUUGCCAGAUCACGAUGGAGUUAGUAAUAUGUGCAGUGCAUCCGAUUCCUGGACACUAUCGGUUCGUGUGGUCGACGAAACUGGCGAACAAAGCCGGUGGGGACGGAUUAAAAAAAUGUGUACCGUACGACGUGCCCUUAUCUUUACCGAUGUUCCUGCGGCUUUACUUAAUCUGCAGAGUGAUGUUACUACAUAGUAAGUUGUUUACGGACGCAUCGUCGCGCAGCAUAGGAGCUCUUAAUCGAAUUAAUUUUAAUACACGAUUCGUCUUAAAAACUCUCAUGACCAUCUGCCCCGGGACAGUGCUCUUAGUUUUUAUGGUUUCCUUGUGGAUUAUUGCCAGCUGGACAUUGCGGCAGUGCGAAAGGUUCCACGAUGAAGAACACGCAAACCUGCUUAAUGCUAUGUGGCUGAUAGCGAUCACUUUCCUGAGCGUUGGCUUUGGAGAUAUUGUUCCUAACACGUAUUGUGGAAGGGGCAUUGCGGUCAGCACGGGCAUCAUGGGAGCUGGCUGCACGGCGUUGCUCGUAGCUGUGGUGUCUAGGAAGUUGGAAUUAACUCGCGCGGAGAAGCAUGUGCAUAAUUUUAUGAUGGACACCCAGCUGACAAAGCGGUUGAAAAACGCCGCCGCCAAUGUGUUGAGGGAAACUUGGUUAAUUUAUAAACAUACAAGGCUAGUGAAAAGGGUUAACCCUGGUAGAGUUCGGACGCAUCAAAGAAAAUUUUUACUCGCUAUUUACGCGUUACGUAAAGUUAAAAUGGACCAACGCAAAUUAAUGGACAAUGCCAACACCAUAACGGACAUGGCAAAGACACAAAACACCGUGUAUGAAAUAGUCUCCGAUAUGAGUACGAGGCAAGACACUUUGGAAGAUCGCCUGACGACAAUGGAAGAUAAGAUAGUGGCACUCCAGGAGCAGUUAGAGUUAUUACCUGACCUUAUAGCUAACAGGAUACAAGCUCAGGCGGAGAAAAUGGAGCAAAGACGCAAUUUUUUGCAUCCUGAAUCCGCGGCUGGUCUUCAACAGGCUCGUAGUGUUCCUCCUGGAUGCCCUUGGCCUGGUCCCGCUUUACCUCCUGCUGGAAAGCAAUCUGCUGCCUCUUCUGUCGCACAGAGUUGAUUUCCUUAUUGGAAUUAACUAUGCAACACAGUAUUUAGUCGGUAUAUAUAUUUUAAUGAACAUCAUGGGUGGUCAUAGUUUUCGUAUGGAAUUUACUCGUUCUGGCCUAUUUUUCUCAAUCUUUGCUUUCUUGAGAGCAAAGUCACCUAAUUUACAAACCAUGAUGAACAAUACUAAAUAUAUAUUGAAAUUUUAGAGCCUUAUCUAUAUACAGUAUUAGUAAUAAUACAACCACGUUGAUACUAAUAGGCGUUAGAUACUCAGUAACUACGAUUUGCCAUUAUCAUCGAUCAUAAAAUACUAUAAUCAUAUCUCAGCCACUAGAUAGCCAAUUCGAAAUUUACCAACACACCUACAUUUUACAAACGAUGUGCCAAUCGAUUCAUUGCAUUAAUUUUAUUUUAUAAAAUACUAACGAUAUUUUCAGAUAUUUAUAUAGGGACACAUUUUCUACAUUGAGAUAUGAUCUAGUAAUAUUUCUGUACUUCCUGAACUAGCUUAGCGCGGUGUUCAGAUUUCAGUCUUGAAUUAUAGAAUUUUUAAAAUUUAGUAGACUCAUUCCACCAAUACUCGAUUGAAUUGGCUAUAGUUCUAAAAUUAAUUAAAAAAGGUGGGGUGUAUAACGUUGCCAAUACAUGGCUUUUAUACAAAUUUGCUACUUUAUAGUUAAACUUCAGCCAAAUUUAGGCUAUUAGUUAAUUAUAAUUCCAUUAGAAGCUUCGUUAGAUGCUUUGAUUCCAGUAAUUUUUAAUAACUCGACUGACUGAAGUUUUAGACUUAGAUCGCUAUAUGAUUAUAGUAUUUUGUUACUAAUAAAAUAUAAAUCAACGAUAAGCACAUUUACUUUGUGAAUACACAGUUUAUGGAUUCCCUUAACAAAAUUACAAUAGUCAUGCCAAUAAGCAUAUAUCCGUUUAAAUUUUUUUCAUAUUAUAUAUGAUAAUAAUCCUAAAAUAGCCUGAUGAUUUUUUUAAUCGUAGAUAUUUAUAAUGUACAGAUGUAUUUAUCGUUUACUGACUAAUUUCGUUGAAUUUGUCUCUAAUACUGUUUUAGACUGUUCUCGUGGAAUGUCAAAUUUUACACGAUUUUACCAAUGUAAAACUCGUUAUACAUAGUUUCUAAAACAAUACAUCAACUAGUGCAUUUUUAAACAAUGAGUACUUCCACAAUUGACAAAAAGUAUAUUAUUGAUAAACAUAUUUCUUAUUCAGGAAUUUCGCACCAGGUACCAUUUUUCCUCAUUUAUACGAGUUUUGUAGCAAUAAGGAGGUUCAUUUCGUGCUGUAAAACGCGUCUUCAUCGACCAUUUCUUGUUUUUUAUCAUUGAGUUUGUAAAUAGGGUUAUUGUAAAUACUGGAUAAGAAAUAUGAGUGUGAAAGUAAAGCUUUAGAUUUGAUAAAUCAGUGAAAAUACUGGUGUGAUAGUGUAUGGUGCACCUUAAGCAUUAUAUAUAUUCAGAGGUCCAAAUUGUUAAACUGUUAGAGUUUUCUGCAAUUUCACAAGUUUUAUAAGCAUAUAUUAUAUAAUUUAGUAUAUACCCUAUAUUAUACAAGACAUAUAUCAGCAUAGUUAGCCUGUUUUAAAUUUCUUAGCGUUAUAUAUUUUCAAGUGCAUUUUCAUGUUACCCUACUCAUGUUACCAACGAAUAAACUACUAGUUUCCUAGAA